GUGGAGAACGACAGGGCGAGAAACACAGAGUUCUCUCUGCGCGGUGAAACCUGUGCUCGCAAAAUAGUGACAAUAGUUGUUUCUUUUCUCUUUCUCUCUCUCUCUCUUUCUCUCUAUCUCCUUAAACAAAUACUUAAUUACUGUACUAUAAUUCCGGGGGAAGAGUAAUCUGAGAUUUGCACCACGCGGGAGACACAUAUCCGUUACCAUGAGGACGUACUACGUGAUAGCUGCCAUUCUGAUCGCCGGCACAACCGCUCAGGAAUCGUUCAAAUGCCCAGACGACUUCGGCUUCUAUCCUCAUCACAUAUCCUGCGACAAGUACUGGAAAUGCGACAACAACGUCGCGGAAUUGAAAACUUGCGGCAAUGGGCUGGCCUUCGACGCGAGCGACAGCAAGUUCCUCACCGAGAACUGCGACUACCUCCAUAACGUGGAUUGCGGGGAGAGGACGCAGCUAGAGCCGGCGAUUAGCACGCCGCAUUGCCCCCGGCUCUACGGGAUCUUCCCCGACGACAAGAAAUGCGACGUGUUCUGGAACUGCUGGAACGGGGAGGCUUCCAGGUAUCAGUGCAGCCCUGGACUCGCCUACGAUCGUGAAGCCAGAGUCUGCAUGUGGGCCGAUCAAGUGCCUGAGUGCAAGAACGAAGAGGUCGCAGGAGGUUUUACGUGUCCGGCUGCGGGCGAAGUGAGCGGAGCAUCCGGCAGCUUCAGCAGACACGCCCAUCCAGAGGACUGCAGAAAGUACUACAUAUGUCUGGAAGGUAUCGCUAGGGAGUACGGCUGCCCGAUCGGUACCGUCUUCAAAAUCGGCGACGCCGACGGCAGCGGCGCCUGCGAGGACCCCGAGGACGUACCCGGAUGUGAGGAUUACUACGGUGACCUGGAUCUAAAGAGCAUCAGGAAGAGCGAGCUGCUUGCCGGAAUUCAGAAUUCGGGCGAGACCAGGAAGCCUCCUCAAGGCAAACCGAGGCCCCCGUCGGCACCUGCCAGGCCCAACGCACCCCUUCAAGAAUAAUUUCCAAAUUCCACCGCCCAUUCUUCUCCUCCUUCUCAUUGUCUCUUCAUCUCUCUUUCUCUCUCUUUUUCCUCCCCUCUCCUCUCCUAUUCCUCGUUUCUUCCCUCCCAUCCUCCCUCCCUCGUCGCUAUUACAUCACACAUACACAGUGGCACACACACAGUGACACGCGCGCGCAUAUACAGACACGAUGAUCACACACUUGUUCGAACAUGAACAAUCUUAUUCGAACUCUCGGUAUCCAUGAAACACACACACGUACGUACACGUGUACAACGCCAGAAGCCAAGAGUGCCCCGUUUGAGCCAAAUUCUUCUAGAAUCGCGUAUAUUCUUUGGUUUCGCGUGCACGACGGGGAUAAAGGCCACGAUGAAAAAUCGGCAUUUCCGAGACGUUCCUUCGCGAGUUGUUCUUACCGCGAAUGUCUCCCUGCUGAGAGGAGAGUAAAUGUCAAAUUCCUGCGUUCCUCCUCGAACGCGGCAACCCGUGGCUAGCACAGUUAGUAACAAUCAAUGGACCGUUUGUUUUUACACGAUUUUAAUUCUCCACGAGCGUUGCUUUCGCUCGUCUUAAUUAAUUAAAUUAAAGCGAGCAAUCGUACAACAUAUCGGUGGAGAUGAUUAACGGAAUUGAUUGUAUCGACCAACGCACGCCUGAAAAAUUAAUUAAAAACUUAAAAAUUCAUCUUUCUUCUUUUAUUUACUCCAAAUCUUCGAUUCCAUCGGAAAUUCGAAUUCGAUGAAAAUGAUUCGUAUCGUCUCGUAUCGAUAACCUUUCUUCUCGUUCUUUCUUGCCUCUUGGUCACUCUGUUUUCCGUUCACACUCCCUUCAUUAUCGACAGACCGUACGAUCGAUUUCAAGUGAAAAAAAGUUCGAAUGUUAGCACGUGUCGCAAAACGUGUUCAUAGAAACGCAGAAUCUGGUCAGAAUCUCUCAGACAAAAAUUCGAAGACGUGGUGCAAACGAACUAUAACCUCUUUCUUUUUCCUUUUAUUUCAAUUUUUUCAAUUUAAGCUCUCCCUCCCUCUCCUCUAGACACUCUUGGCGGUCAGGCAUGUUUGCGCAAACUAGACUCCAUCCGUGUUUACUUUUAAGUAAUGUGAAAGAUUCGUACCUACAAAUAAAAGGAACAAAAUUUCGUGAAAAAAAAAGAACUGGUCUAUGUCCUUCUCAAGAAACCUCCUGUUUUCUCUAAUUUUCUGCCACGUGAGCGUUUAUACGUGUUUGCUUGCCACUUUGGAAUAUUUAUUGCUGUGACUCUAACCUCUGCAUGCUCGUUACGAUCGUAACAAAUUUUAUCUACCUGCGAAUGAUGUUUCUGAAUGUUCUAAACGCUAAGAACACUCUGUCGUAAUCAACUUAAUGCACCAAAAGUCGUAUCUAAUUACACGUGCGUCUUGAUGGGUCUGUGAAGAAAUAUAUAUCAAGCAUAUACAAGAUAGGUGGAUAAUUGGAGAUUGUCACAUCAAUCAGUGUCCUUUAACAAUUGAAAUAGUGAGUCGAUUAAUUUCUUUCCCUUUUCUUUCUUUUUUUUUCACCGUUCACUCUUAUGCGAUAAAUUGUGCUUAUCCAUAUCUACUUUUGCAAACUCGAAGUAUACAUUCAGGUAUACAUUUUGUAAAAUGUGUGUGUGAAUUUCAUAUAGCGAAGACUACUACGGUGACGUGGAUCUGAAGGCACUGCGAAAAUUGGGAUACAAGAAAAAGUGACGAGUCGAGGAGCGCGCAAGUUCCAAUAAAUUUGAAUAUCGAUAAUCAACGCUUGUUUGUCAGGUCUGUGUCGAAAGAUUUCGAUAGCGAUCGAAAUCGAUCGAUUUCCCUUCUCAUCUUCUGUCUUCUGUCCAACUAAAGCCCAACGAAGAAGUCCACAUGACCCAUAAUUUCACUCUCACUUGUCAUCGCGUCAUCGUUUAUGCGUUACGAUAGAUAACUGUAUAGAUAAUUACUGUGUAAAUAAAUUACUGUCAUAAAACAA